GUUUCUGACAAUGUUGUUCGAUCUACACGCUGUGUCUGUGUAAUGAUAUUGUGGAGAGAUAUUAUUAUUCAGUGUUUUCUGUUAGGAGAACAUUAUCUAAUUGUGUCGAUAGUUGGACUAAUACUGAGUCUCGUGUCUAAGCACGCGCAGCAUUGCAAUGAAUGUCCAGCGUGUGGCGCUAGAGCAACUCUCCGGGCGGUGGCUAGAUUUGUGUUGACGGAAGUUCCCACAGAAGAAGAAACACGCAGCGAUGGUGCGAGUGAAGUCUAGGUAUUUACUGUGCGAAGUCAACGUUGAAGACCACAGUCGUUUGUUGCAGCUGGAUGACCGAGCUGUUGCGGCGGCAGUGAGGGCAGCGGUCGCCCGCACACACGGGGACUACGGGGCCGCUCUCUGCAGCAUCAGGUUCUCUGUGAAAUAUCUGAAUGCUCAUACUGGAAUAGUAUUCCUGCGUUUCCCCAAAAGGUGUUACAGACUCCUCUGGUCUGCACUGCCAUUCAUUACCUGUAUUGAAACUCGUGGGCAGAAAAUCCCAUGUUUUCUGAACUGCUUGCAUGUGGGAGGAACAAUUAGAACAUGUCAGAAGUUUCUGAUCCGAUACAACACCCAGCAGCUCCAUCGAAUGCUACCUAAAUGUAAAAAUGAAGAAGAAAAACGACAGGUACAGAAAGCAAUACUGAACUGCACUCUUACAAGAGGAAACAAGGCAGAAUCAGAAGAUGAAUCAGAGAGUGAAGAAGAAUGACUUUACAGCAAAGGACGGCGGCAGACAUUUUUUGUUACAGAACUUAAAUUAAGCUUUUGAAGAAAUGCAUACCAAACUCUGUGGACAUAUGGUUUGUACUGCAGCUGCUCAGAGCUUUUGUUUGUGAAGAAAACUGACUGACUGUAUGCCUGUUUUCAAUAGAGGGACACGUCAGAUGAUGUUUGUCACCUUAAUCGUUGGGGUUGGCAGAAUGGCCUAAGUAAAAAAUAAAACUGCAAUUUCAUAGGCCAAAAUAAGACUAUGGCCUAAUAAGUUUCAGUGAAAUAUUUUGUAUUUAUACUAUGUUUUAUGUUCAUGUGUAUUUUGUUUACAAAUUAAAAUACUGUUUUUGAAUA